AAAUAAAAAAUAACAUUGGUUACAAUUGUUUAUUGAAAAUGUGCAAACUUAAGUCAUGAAAGUUGUUUGUAUAAUGUGAGAUCUCAAUGAAUACGUAGAUGGCAACAGUCAACUUGGAAGAUGUGUUGUACACACGGAGUGACGAUGGUGUUGAUUACGGCGAUGUUGCUUCUCUCACCGACGACGACAUAUUAAGAAAGAGAAUGGCUUAGACAUAGAAAACAUUACAAUCGGGUGGAUAGGAGGAGGCCUCACAAGCCGGAGACAAGGACAAACUGUGAGGCGAGGAUGUGCAUAUACCUUGACAGGAGCAAUAACAUCUGGAGGGUGAAGAAGGUUAUCACGAGGCACAACCAUGCGCUCACACAUCCUGGCAUGGUCCACCUAAUUCCAAAUUUUCGGUCCAUGACAGAAGUGGCAAAAGCUCAAAUAGAUGGGAUGCAAGGGUGUGGAAUCUCGACCUCGAAGACGAUGCAGUACCUGGCCGGCAUGGCCGGUGGGUAUUCUCUAGUUGGUUUCCUGAACAAGGAUGCCUAUAACUAUGUCGACAGGAGUAGGCGUGCUAGAAUCGCCGACGGGGAUGUGAACUCGGCUAUAGUGUACCUGGAGGAAAAAGUUGAUGCUGACCCGAUGUCUAUGGCGUGGUAUAAUGUUACCGUGGAUGACAUGCUAGCGAAUUUACUCUGGGCAGAUGGUGGUAGCAGGCUUGACUACCAGUACUUCGGCGAUGUUCUUGCAUUCGACUCAACAUAUAAGAAGAACAAGUAUAACAGGCCGCUGGUUAUUUUUUCUGGUUGUAAUAACCACAAGCAAACUUGUAUAUUUGGGUUUGGGUUGGUGUUAGAUGAGAGCAUCGCAUCAUAUACAUGGCUGAUGGAGAAUUUUUUGGAGGUCAUGUGCAACAAAGUGCCAUCGGUUGUUGUGACUGACGGAGAUGAUUCAAUCCGGGAGGCUGUUCGAAAAGUUUUUUCCGGAUGCAACCCAUUGGGUUUGUGCAUAGCACAUUGAGAAGAAUAUUAUAUCU